UGAAUUUUGCCGAAGUUUAUCAGUCGCUGAAGCAAGCUGUUUUAUGUCAUAUUUGGAAGCUUUAUUUUACAAUGACAAAAGCGAAGUUGGUUCUUUAGAAGUAAAACAAAUAAACGUGCAAAAUGAUUUUUGCUCAUUGAAUUUGAUGCACUCAAGUUACCUGAAGACGAAAACCAAGCAAAUACUUGAUGCUUUUAAGACAUAUUCUCAGAUAAUCAUCACCGGUGCGGUAUGUAGUGGGAAGUCAAGUCUAAUCAGUUUAGUUCUACAAAAUUUAUCUCAAGAAGGCAUGCAUUUUAAACAAUAUUAUGUACAUCCAAUGACCCUGAAUGAAACCCAUGAUAUCAAUUCGUCUGAGGAUAAUACAGUUAGCGGGAUUUUGAAAUCCAUCCUGCAAUCAAAAACAUACAAACAAAAAUGUGUUAUAUUUGAUGGCCCAUUAUGUGAUUCGUGGCUUGAAAAUAUUGCAUUUGAUCGGUCCUGCGUAAGAAGUGACUCGUUAAACAUUUCAGACGAAGAGAAUGUUGUAAAAUUUGUUAUUGAAACUGUUGAUUUGCAAUGUGCAACACCUGCUUACGUAUCCAGCUUCUCAAUAAUAUAUAUUCAAGACGGAAACCUAACAUAUAGGCAACUUCUAUUUACUUGGUUAGAAAACAAGAAAUGGCCAACAUACAUGAAGGAUGAAUUACUAAAUCUAAUUGACAAGUAUAUAGGAGUGUUUAUAAAUUUCAAACAUCAAGAAUGUACAUUAACUGCUGUAUAUACGGAUGUAGCAGUUCUUCAUACAUUUUGUGCAUUGUAUGAGAAUGUUUUCAUCGAGUGGAAUAAUAAGAAGAUCUAUGACAACGAAGCACUUAUUAGAGAAGCCAUUAAAAAACUAUUCAUUUUCUGCUGUGUUUGGUCUGUUGGAGGAUUAAUGAGUGAAAUGGAAAGAUUGAAAUAUGACAUUUUUGUUCGAGAACUAGUUUCAGACAGUACAUCAAGUUUUCCAUUGAAGGGUACUAUCUUUCAGUAUUACGUCAACACCACCAAUGAUGCAUGCAUCUGGGAGCAAUGGAUUAUGGAUAUAAAUGAACCUUCAAGGUAAAAAAAAUAUGUUUUCAUUUCUUGUUAUUUUAUUUAAUAUUUUAAAUUACAGUGAAUUUGUGUGUACUCUGGAAAAUAAACCAUAUCAUUAUAUUAUGACAUUAUUGUUAAAAGACAAAAAACCAGCAUUGCUGUCUAGUGACACAACAGUAGGCAAAAGCAUAUUGAUAAAAAAUAUUACAACGGCCGCGAAUGGAUCAUCAAAUCUUUGCAUUAGCAAUUUAAACGAAAAAACAACUAUAAAAUCUCUGCGUCGAAUACUUGUGCGGCACUCAAUGAAAGUUUCUCGCGAAAUCGUCUAUCCCAAAAAUAGAAAAUACUUGACAUGGUUUAUUGAUGAUAUGCAUAAUGCUGCUGUCCAUCGAUUAGAAGUAUCAGAAUUUUUGAGACGGUUAUUGGAGCAACAUUCCUGGGAUGAAAAUAACCAUAUACAAUGCAUUAAACAAACAAAUAUCGUGGCAGCGAUGCGGAAUCCGGUUAUACUAGGAAAACAUGGAACAUCAUUUACAAGACUACUGAAUAAAUUCCAUUUAAUUUUUUACAGCAAGCACGACGAUGAAAAUUCCGCAUUCAUAUUCAAAAGAAAAGUAGAGCUUGUCAAAAUAGAUGGAAAUCUUGAAAAUUUGCUGUCAUCCAUACCAUCAGCGACUGUCGAUUUAAUUCGACAAUUAUCUGAACGCUUCCCAUCAACGAUAGUCAAACCAAGAUAUGAAUUUUCGCUGAAAACAAUUUCAAGAAUAAUUAAUAUUUUUUGCACGAUGAGUCAAAAGACAAUCUUGAAUAAUUCCACCGAUCUUAUUAGAUUAUGGAUAAACGAAUGUUAUAGAGAAACGUUCGACUUAUUGGAUAGAAGAGACUACGUUGCAUUUUAUGAGAUCUGUAACAACACCAUGUUAAAAUAUUUCGACGCUUCUUUGCACGGGUUAUGUCCGGGGAAUCUUAGCCCUAUAUUUUGCGAUGUCGAUGUCAUGUCCCAAGACGCAACAUAUCAUCAUAUAACCGAAGUCGAUUGCUUAAGGUACUGUAUUUUUUGAUAAUAAAUUCUUAAGCUGUUUAGAGGAAUAUCUGUAAGUAAAUAAAAAUCGAAUUUAGUACAACAGUCAGGUCUUUUUUACGUGGUCCACAAUCAUUUUUCUUUAAUGAUUCGUAUUAUAUUCUCAUGCCAACGACCAAGGAUGGAAAUCUAGUGAUCAUGACAAAAUAAAUGAUGCAUCGCGGUUGUUCUUUAUCGUGCGAGCAUAGCAACAACGAUAAACUAUUGAUCGUCAAGUCAAACAACAAACUCCCCUCCGCGAAAAAUUGAAUCGCUCGGCAUGUUUGCUAACGAUCAAUUGUUCGCAAACCAAAGUUAUAACUUAGCGAGGAUUUUUGCACUUAUUUUUGGAUUUUUGCG